GCGUGGUUUGUAGCUCUACGAAGCUGCGAGGACCACUCAUCCGUGCGGAAGUGCGGGUUUUCUGUAAAACAUUUAGCCGUGUGUUAUUUGUUUACAGUGUAUAGUUGCGUUACUUUUUUUAAAAUUUCUAUUUGAUUUUAGUUGAAACAGUUUCAACUUAAAAAAAAUGUGCAACGGUUGCGUGCAAAAAGAAUACCCGGACCGGGGUAACACUUGUCUGGAGGACGGCUCCUACCUGAUGAACUACCUGGGCUGUGCCAACUGUCACGAGAGGGACUUCGUGCUGGUCAGCAACAAAAACACAGAGGAUGAGGAUGGGGAGGAGAUUGUCACAUAUGACCAUGUUUGUAAAAACUGUGACCACGUCGUUGCCAGACAUGAGUAUACCUUCUCUGUUGUUGAUGAAUAUCAGGAGUACACUAUGCUGUGCAUGCUCUGUGGAAAGGCAGAGGACUCCAUCAGUGUGCUACCAGAUGACCCCAGACAGUCUGCACCGCUUUUCUAGACCUCCAUCACCAAAACUGUCGCCAGCAUGGACUUAACAUGACGGGUUCUUACUUAAGGGCACCAACCAUUUUUAUCAUCUAUUCAAAGUUUCAUUUCUUUUUGAAACACCACAUUAUACUUUAUGGCUUGCCAGUGUAAGAUGAGCAAGAAUUAUAACUUUUAACAAUUCUGAAUGUACUGUAUUGUAAAUUGUAAAGAAAAAAAAAAGAUACCAUCUCACUCAUUCUUGAUGCUGCAUAUGUGAUCCUGCAGAGACAGAAUGACUUGCAGCUGUCAAACUACAAAGAGGUUUCACUGAAAAACUGAGUGUUCCAGUUUAGAGCACUUUUUGCUAAGGGACCAGUUUAUCUGUUAUAUCAUUAACAUCUGGGUGUUGUUGUCAUUUCCGGUCCUAAAGGCAAUAUAUAACCUUUCAACAUUUGCCAUUGUAGAUAGGUGAAGGAAAAAAACAACCUUAAAUGUCUUAAUAAGGUAUUUGGCCACAACAUGGCGUCAGAUCAGUUUUUAAACGCCUCUGAAACCCAACCAGAGAGGUUGAAUACUGUUUUUCAGAGAUAUCUUGAAAGACUUCUGAAAUCUCUGGGGGCCAGGAAAGGUAUUUGCAAAUGAUUCACAUGUUUAUGCUGAUGGAACCGCUCAGUAGACUCCUUGUGUCGUGUGGACGGGACUCCUGUGUCCCUGGAAGAUGUCACUGGCAUGAGGGUGGAAAUGUCUCCACACAGAAUAAAAUGCAUCGAGUCACCAAAUGUGGGAAUACCUCUGAGCUAGUUGAUGAAAAUAAUUGGGUAACAAAUUUCAUACACCCUUAUCUGUGUUUCAUUUCAAUUACACUCAGUUCAUUGUUGU